GGGGGAGGAACACAACAGGAACUUAUCAGAAGCAAAGUAAGGAUCCAGAUCCACACUGAAGCUGCAGGAUGAAGGGGGCUGAAGUGUUUCUUCUGGUUUUGGUUCCUCUGCUGGUGGUUGUGGAGCGCUCAGAGUGUGUGCAGUGUUUUGCCUCCUUCGACCUGACCACAGGUGAGUGCAGCGCAGAACUAGGGGAAGUGGAGCUAGAUGACUGCUGUCAGAACUCUCAGUAUGGUUACCAAGAAGAAGAUGGAUCUUGUCACUCUUGUGGAGUACCUACAUGGUCUCCCUGGUCCCAAUGGUCGUUUUGCAAUGUUCUCUGUGGAGAGGGUGUGAAGCAGAGAAGAAGGAAGUGUCAUGGACUUGGGGAACCAGAGUGUGAAAACUCUAAGGAUACACUGCAGACAGACGUGUGCAACGGCACCUGCUGCAAUGAUUUGGGAUGGAGCUCAUGGAACCCCUGGACUCCUUGCUCGGUUACCUGUGAAGGAAAAGGAACCCGAAUGAGACAGAGAGUCUGCUCCAGUCCUCCUGAGUGUCAGUCAUCAUGUGUUGGUCCUGCAGAGGAGACACAGCCCUGUGAGGCUAGCAACAAGUGUCCGGUCCAUGGAGGUUGGUCAAGCUGGACAGCCUGGUCUGGAUGCUCUGGUUCAUGCAUUGACAGUAAUACCAAUGUUCCUUCGAGAGUACGACAGCGCACCUGCUCCAACCCGGCCCCCUCACCGGACACGGUGCCGCAUGGCGAUCCCUGCUCUGGGGAAGCCUCUGAAAGGCAGGACUGCAGCGAGCUCCCUAAUUGCCCAGUGGACGGCAACUGGGGGCCCUGGCUUCAACCUGGCCCAUGCUCUGUCACCUGUGGAGAGGGUCUGCAGUUAGAGUCACGGCGGUGUGAGAACCCUAGUCCUAAAUAUGGAGGCAAAAUGUGUGAGGGGGCGAGCACUCGGAGUACCGUCUGUAAAAGUCCCUGUCCUGUUGAUGGAUUCUGGGCUGGUUGGUCAAACUGGGGUGAAUGCUCAUCUACCUGUAUCUCCCCAAGCAGAGAUACAUUUAGGACACGCCACCGAUCCUGCUCAAACCCUGCACCUUCAAUAAACCCACCUGGUAAACGGUGUGAAGGUGACGACUCGGAAAAGACCAACUGCAACCUGCCUCAUUGCUCAGUGAAUGGCAACUGGGGUCCUUGGUCAGCCUUCAGUCAGUGCCCUGUUACAUGUGGAGUGGGUCUCCAGGUGUCAGAGAGGAGGUGCGACAGCCCUGCUCCCAAUCACGGUGGCCUCCCGUGUCCUGGAGAAAGUAAAAAAAACAAACUGUGUUACACUCAAGUCCACUGCCCAGUGAAUGGUGAGUGGUCUGAGUGGUCGGCGUGGAGUGACUGUACAUACGCUUGGGGGGGAAGGGACAUCCGCUGCCUGCAUACAGGUGGCAAGCAGACUCGAAACCGCACGUGUCUCCAUCAAGCUCAUAAUGGAGCCAUCUGUGCCGAAGGAAAGUUGACAGAGACGCAGGUCUGCUACAAUGUCGACAAGUGCUAUUUGAAAGGCUCCUGGGAAGGUUGGGGACCUUGGUCUUUUUGCAUACCGCCCUGUGGAUCCAGGUCUUCACGUAGGAGGUUUAGAAUCUGUAAACCUGAUUACAGCGAAUACAGUCCAUAUAUCGGUCGCCAGAAAGCUCCUGCAAAUUUCCAUGGAAAGCCUAAGGCAGACUGCCCGCUAAUUGAUGGAGAAAAGAAAUAUGAAAUCGAAAACUGCCUUAAUGUUCCUCCCUGCAGCUAAAUAUGCACUCCUUAAAAAGAUCAAUGUCAAAAUCCUCCCAACAAAGGUGAUAUGCAUGUAGAAAAAAAUCUUUCAGUUGAAUAUGACAUUUUAAAAUUUGUGCUGAUUUCUGUUAAAACCUCCUACUCCAUCAGACUGAAAAAAAUAAUAACUUGACUUUUUGACCAUACAACGGAUUCCCUAUUACUGUGCUAGCUUUUAAAAUAAUCACUUUUGUUUUCCUUUUUUAUUUCGUCCUCAGGAGUUGUUUGUAACUUUGAAAAUGUGUUUUUUUGUUAAUAUAAUUUCGACUUUUGUGUAGAUUCAAAAUUUCAUCUGCUUGCUUUUU